AUGGAGUUCUUUGAUUCACAAAAUUUACAGAAUAUUCUUCUCGUGAAACCACAAGUAUUUCGCAGAAAAUUGGGACAACCUAUGGAUUGUGUCGAGUAUUUCAUUUCGUGUGAAAUAUUCCGUCAGAUCUUAGAGAGUGUUCAAUAUUUGCAUUCAAAAAACAUUAUUCAUCGGGACAUUAAUCCGGGAAAUAUAUUGAUUGCUAAGAAUGUGAGGAACGUUAGGUUUGUUAAGUUAUGCGAUUUUGGUUUGGCUACAAUUCACGACAAAGACAUACAUUACCGGACUACUCAAAAGCAUACAUCAGAUGUGGGUCACUUGAGGUACGCGGCCCCGGAGGUCAUACAGGGCCUCAAAUAUGGACACAAAUGCGAUGUCUAUAGUUUGGGACAAAAUGGUUGCGAAUUAUUUGACUUUGAUUUGUCUGAUGACGACCCAAAUAAAGAAUAUUCUAAGAAUGAUGUGCUAACUGAGCGAGCACAUAGUUUGCAAACUAUCCUGGACACUAUGCUUUUAUCAACCAAAUGGAGGUUGAGACCGGAAUGCAGUGAAGUGUUGGCUAAACGUAACGAAUGGGCUGUCGAUAAGGAUAUUUCAUUAAUGACCAACCUGGGUGUAGUGGUGAGGUUCCGAGGAAAGAGUGUACUGUUUGUGACAACCGAUGACUUAGUGUACGGUUUCGGUGAUAACACCCACGGGUUGCUCGCGUUGGACGUCCCCAACGACAUCACUACUCCGAAAAUCAUAGAUAAUUUGUGUAAGAAAGAGGUCAAACAGUUCACGAAUGGCCCAAACUUUGUGUUUGCUAUGACUGCCCACAACCAUGUGUUCAGUUGGGGUAGUCAUAGCCAUACACCGGAAAAAAUAACUGUUUUGAAAGGCAUGACAAUCGCACAAAUAUGUUGCGCGAGUGAGUACUGCCUGGUGCUCACCACUGAUGGACACGUAUACCUCUGGAGAUUGGAAGGGGUGGCUUUGAUUGAUUCUAGUGAUUUAGAGAAAGAGAAAUUAUUAAGUGAAGUGGAAACAUUACAAACGGCUGAAUCAAAAUAUGUGGUCAAGUAUUACAACUCAUGGGAUGAAGGCAAAUAUUUUUACAUUCAGAUGGAGUACUUUGAUUCGGAUAAUAUUGAAAAUUUUUGUGAACUUAAGCGACAA